UGCCUUUUCAAUUGCUUUGGAAGUGAUGUGUCUGACGUAAAGCAGCCGUCGUCUAACCCAAUAAAAUAUUGUAAAUCGUGUUACAAGGCCAAUCCAAUUCACUAUUGCUUGCAGAAAAUUCAAAUUCACUGAAUAGUGAAAUAACGUAUAGUGAAUUAGUUUCCUUUUUCUUUUAGUUUAUUUUAUUUUGUUUACGGAAUUGCGUGAAGUGAAAUCAAUGGAUACUUUUAUCGGAAGCUAGGAUUCACGUAAUUAUUGGAAUAUAAUCUAUCGAUUCUCACGUGUGCUGGGCAGUGCAUCAAAGCCUUGAAGGAAGAUCUCGGAUAUAUUGUACAUAAGGAGCAGGUACAAGACAACGACCCUACAAUUGGGUGUUAUUAUCAGUGCGUGUUAUCAGUUGAUAUUCAACAGCAAAGCUUGUGAAGCAAACAAAUUGUAUUAUAGCUACAUCAAAAGGUGAGGGAUAUUUUUGGGAACGUCAAUCAUAAAAGAAGUGACCCUGAAACCGGUGCACAGCGAGCGAUUGGUAUAUUUCGUCUAUAUGCUUUGUGUGAAUCUGACCGUCAACAAUAAAUAGUCUCUUAACGGGAUUGCAAUCCCGUUAUCAGUAAUCAUCUUAGGCACUGUAAGACAGUGCCCUGAAACUGCUGCGUCUGCGAACCAAGAAACGCAGAUUAAGUUGCAUCGUUUGUCCGGCUUAUAGCGUACCGCCACACCAGUAUGGAUCACUCGGAACAUCACGAUUACAGUCAGACGCCGUUAAAUCAUUCGGCCGGGGGGCAUAUGCAUGAUGAUGGUCACCAUGGCUCGAUGGAUCACGGUUCGCACGGUGCACUCGAUGGCACUGAGCUAGGAGGAGUGGACCUUUCGGGUCAUCCGCAUGCUGGCCAUGGAGGGCACAGUACGGAAAGCAUGGUUCACCACAUGAUGUCGAUGGCGUUUCACGGAGGCUACAACGAAACAAUCCUGUUCGAGCAAUGGAAAAUCGACAGCCUCGGCGGGCUGCUAUGGUCCAUGCUGUUGAUCUUCAUCAUGGCGGCCUGCUACGAAGGCCUGAAAUACUAUCGGGAGCAUCUGUUCUGGAAGACGUACAAUGCUCUGCAGUACCGCCCGGUGACGGUGACGGAGAAGAAUCCUCGAAAUGGCAAUGUCUCAAACAACAACGACGCCAUGGUUAACGGAGGCGCUGGCGGCGGCGGAGGCGGUGACGAUGGGUCCCGAAUCGUACACAUGGUCGGCGAAGUGAUCCACAAGCAACCACCGACAAUGCUAUCCGUAAUGCAUCUCUUCCAAACGUUCCUGCACAUCCUCCAGGUCACGCUGAGCUUCAUGCUGAUGCUGAUCUUCAUGACCUACAACACAUGGCUAUGCCUAGCCGUCGUUUUCGGUGCCGCGCUGGGAUACUUCCUGUUUGGCUGGAAGAAAUCGGUGGUCGUGGACGUUACCGAACACUGCCACUAGUGGCAGGCCAACGAGGAAGCCGGCAGACCGUUUCGUCCCGCAGCGACGCUCCGCGUGUGCAUCCAUUAUCGCUGGCUGAUGGGGAAGUUUACAACCUAGGCUUUCCCUCCGCGGGGACCACCGUCGUCGAGGUAGGUACGCUCUAAAGAAAAAAGACAUAAUACAAGAGAUUCUGUCUGCCAAUGCACACACACGUGUUUUACAUGGUCCGGUGUGCAGCACGGGAAACUUUAACAAUUUUUAUAGUAAAUGUAAUAUAGGAGAAACGCGAGGAAAAGACUUGAUUAUUUGGUCGAUCUUUCACACUGCAAAACAGAUUAACAGAUUAACAUGUUAGGGCCACAGCGAUUUGUAAUAUAAAACAAACAAACACAAAAAAGAACAUAUAGUUUUAUCCUAAAUAAUGAUUCUCAAAGUAUAUACACCGCAAAAGGAGGAAAAUUUAGAAUUGAUAAUCGUAUUAAUGCGCUCAGCCGGUGGGGUUUUCCCCAGCACCGGAAUAGGAUGGAUAACAUUAUAAUCAAGGAACAAAUUAUGAAAAAAAAAUAUCUUGUAUGUAGUUAUUGAAGGUACACUGUUGUCUGUACAGUAGUUUGCUUCACCACAAGAUUAUAGACCGGUCAGCCUAAAAUUGCUAUCAAAAAUAGCUUUUAACAAUUUUAAAAAGCAAUCAGCACAGGAUGCUCAAUAACAGCUCGUUAUUUUUUUCGGAAGAUGCGUGUAGUCUUAUUGAGUUGGUCUUCCAGUGUGUAAGCAAAUUAAUGGAUUACAAGAAAGUUUGAACGAAACUGAUUCAUGAAGAUAUUCGAUCCUAGCAUCUGUGGAAAGGUCACAUGCAAACUACAGUAACGAGCUGUUGUUAUUCGUUCUUGUACUGAAUUGCGUAAAAACAACUGUUCAUAGAGGUAAAAAUUCAACUAUUUAAAAGCAAAUGAUAAAAGGUUAAAAAGGUUCCUGACAUAUCCCCAAUAUCAAUCAGUGUAAAGCAAACAACAACAUUCGUGCGAUGAUAAAUUAAGUAACAAAAAAUUUUCAUCGAAUUUUGUAAGGCAAAAAAGUAAUAUGAAACAUACACACUUAAUGUUUCUGGUGGCAAAUGAAACUUUUUUAAUUUUUGUUACAUUAUUUUUUUGUUGUUUUCUUGCUCGAUUGACUUAUUGGUUUUACAAAGACCACAGUUAUUAGAUAGAAUAGCAACUGUUACAAAGCAAGGAUAAAACCUAACAGAAUUUUACAAAGAAAGGAACAAAAGGUGCAUUGAUUCGUAAUACGGUCUACAGUCGAAUGUGUUGAUAAACGGACAAAUUUCAUAGUCUAACCAAUUGCAAAUGGACUUCUAACUUUAUUAUUUAAUAAGAAACUCAAUUUAAGAAUAAGAAAAAGAGAGGUUAAGUUCCAGAAUAUGUUCCGAUCUCAUGUCAUCGCCAUGACAAGUGAAAAGUACGGAAAAUAUUUCGGCACUCGAUCCAUCUUAUUUCUUCAAUUCAUCCAGUGUUAUCACUUAGUAGGUAGCCAUCGACCCCUGCCCGUCUGUAUGGUUACCUCCCAUCACCAGAAAUAUUUUUCCUUAAUUUCACACCAUCAUUCGUUCUCAUUCAUCCUAUAGUUUAAACUACCAGUAGUUAACUGCAAUGUUACGUACCUAAGGAAAGAAAAAUUACGAUAAUUUUCGGACGACACGACAAACUGUAACUGUAUAAGUGAUAUCAUGAUACAAUAGUAAAGAUUCUAAGGCAUCCAAAAACAAGUGUC